UAGUGGUGUGGCUGUCUGCCUGACGGCGUGGCCCUAGUGCUAGUGGUGUGGCUGUCUAACUGGCAGGGUGGCCUUGGUACUAGUGUUGUGGCUGUAUGCUUGCAGGUGGAGACUUGGUGCUAGAAGUGAGGGUGUCCGCCCGACAGCAAGUGCGGUGUGAGAAUGAGAGUGGGGUGGAGUGAGCAAGUGGCCGUCUUGCUGCUGCUGCUGACGUGCUCAACAGCCAGCUCAGGGGACCUGGGCGUCACCCUGCAAGAUGAUAACCCAUACAGUAAUCUGAUUGUGAAAGUGAACCAAGACUUGGAAGAAUGCAGCAUUAUCUUGGACAAUUUUAGGUACAUCCUGGAGGCUGCCUCGCGCCAGCUCAACAACGCCACGAACGGCAAGCUCUUCUUCCAGAAGGUCACAUUCUUGCUGCCUCAAACACUCCUGGAGUCCUGCAGACCAAUGGGAGGCAAGGUGCCACUGGUAAAGACAGUGCCGGAGGUGAAGGUGCAGCUUGGUCACGACCACCCAGUGUUCGGAGGCCAGCCAUGGACCCAGCAGACACUGGGGUGUGGCCAGCCCGCACACUUCAUACACCUUCCAUAUACAUUCCUCAGGGCCGAUAGUUUCUCCUCUCCCUAUCUCAUCAGAGGUAAGCGUGUGGUGCAGGAGUGGGCCAAGCUGCGGUGGGGGGUGUUCAGCGAGCAGGGUGUGGCGGGGGACGAGGUGUUCCCGCUGGCCUACGCCACGGUGGCCGCCCGCCUCCACAACACCAGUGACUGGCUUCCCAACUACUGUGUCGACAGAGACCUCUACGGAGAGUUCCGGGACCCGUGUGAUCUGCCCGACUGUCCCUUCAUCCUGGAGGACGACCAGGACGCCUCCACCUCCCUCCUCGCCCUCUACACCGUCGACUCUGUGACUGGCUUCUGCGACAACACCACCCACGAGCGACUGACGCCCACCAAGCACAACGCCCAGUGUUCUGGCAGGAGCAUCAUGGAGGUCCUCCUCGACCACCACGACUUCCAGAGACAACCCGUCAGCCGGGAUGACUUCAGUAUUACCCUGGACUAUGUGCAGUACUCCACCCAGCCCCUGGCACAGUACCUCAUCCUUAUGGACGCUUCACACAGCGGGGACUACAAUACGCUACAGGGAAGAUGGAGCCUGGAGAGGGCAGCUGUGCAGCAGUGGGUGAUGAUGGAUGUCCUCACUACCUCAAGUCUCGGUAUCGUCACAUUUGCCGAGUAUACGCAUCUGGUUCACAACAUGACCGUCGUUACAGACCAGAGCAGGGAAGAUAUUGUCAACUCCCUGUCACAGUCUUAUCUUGACUCCUCGAGGGAUAAGAAUAUUACCUACGCCAUACACACAGCAAGCAGCUACAUGGGAAGUGAAGGUGGCACAAUCAUUUUGAUAGUGAACCCUGAUAAUGUGAUGGACUCAGCGGACGCCAUGGUGAUGGCCGCCCAGACCAGCGAGGUCUGGCCUGUGUUGUACACGGUCACUACUCUCCCGCCACCACACAUCACACUAUUUAAGGAUGUGGCAGACAGGACUGGUGGGCGGGUACUGGUAGUUCCAGACGACCCUAUCACUCAGAGUGGCGAGGUCCAGCAGUCAGUGACGGUACAACACAGGCUCGUCCAGCACCUGCGUACCGUCCAGGACCACGCUCUACGAUACACCUCCUACACUCCGACACUGCAGGUUGGCCAGGAGCAGCUGAGCAGCGACGUGUCUACCAUCGACAUCUUCCUCACCAACUCCACACACACGGCCAGCUUGUACUUGUACACCCACACCCGACCACAGCACCUCACCAUCAACUCUCGCCCAGUGUUUACAAGCGAGGUCACCAACACCUCCUUCCUGGUGCUUCUUCAGGACCUGCAGCCGGGACACAACAGCAUAGAGGUCGGAGGCUUGAGCUCGGAGGUGGAGCCGACGACGCCGGUGGAGGUGCUGGUGGAACGAUCUGCGGAUGACCCUGAGGUAGAGCUGAGGACCUCACACGACCUCACCUCACUCAACCUCGCCGACCCUCACCACCCCGUCACCCUCCUCGUUAAGGUAACGAGGAAGCAGAUGCCAGUAGUGGGCGCCAAGGUUGUGGUCAGCCUGCUAGAGGGAAGCAACAAGUUUGACCUUCAUCUCUACGAUAACGGCGGAGGAAGUCCAGAUGUGACGGGCGGUGACGGUGUGUACUCUCGCUACUGGGUGCUCGCUCCUAGCGGUGUCAACACCUACACCCUGGUGGUCAAGGUGUCAUCCACACCCUCAAGUAAAGUCGUCGGACGCAUCAACAACAACAAUACUGGUGAGUGA